AUGGGACAUCUCGACGUCUCAACAGUCAGCCCUCCUUCUCACCCUUUCCCCCACCAAGUCAGCCCUCCUUCUCACCCUUUCCCCCUCCAAGUCAGCCCUCCUUCUCACCCUUUCCCCCACCAAGUCAGCCCUCCUUCUCACCCUUUCCCCCACCAAGUCAGCCCUCCUUCUCACCCUUUCCCCCACCAAGUCAGCCCUCCUUCUCACCCUUUCCCCCACCAAGUCAGCCCUCCUUCUCACCCUUUCCCCCACCCAGCCAGCCCUCCUUCUCACCCUUUCCCCCACCAAGCCAGCCCUCCUUCUCACCCUUUCCCCCACCAAGUCAGCCCUCCUUCUCACCCUUUCCCCCACCAAGUCAGCCCUCCUUCUCACACUUUCCCCCACCCAACCAGCCCUCCUUCUCACCCUUUCCCCCACCCAGCCAGCCCUCCUUCUCACCCUUUCCCCCACCCAGCCAGCCCUCCUUCUCACCCUUUCCCCCACCAAGUCAGCCCUCCUUCUCACCCUUUCCCCCACCAAGCCAGCCCUCCUUCUCACCCUUUCCCCCACCCAACCAGCCCUCCUUCUCACCCUUUCCCCCACCAAGUCAGCCCUCCUUCUCACCCUUUCCCCCACCCAGCCAGCCCUCCUUCUCACCCUUUCCCCCACCAAGGCAGCCCUCCUUCUCACCCUUUCCCCCACCAAGUCAGCCCUCCUUCUCACCCUUUCCCCCACCCAGCCAGCCCUCCUUCUCACCCUUUCCCCCACCAAGUCAACCCUCCUUCUCACCCUUUCCCCCACCAAGUCAGCCCUCCUUCUCACCCUUUCCCCCACCCAGCCAGCCCUCCUUGUCACCCUUUCCCCCACCAAGUCAGCCCUCCUUCUCACCCUUUCCCCCACCCAGCCAGCCCUCCUUCUCACCCUUUCCCCCACCAAGUCAGCCCUCCUUCUCACCCUUUCCCCCACCAAGUCAGCCCUCCUUCUCACCCUUUCCCCCACCCAGCCAGCCCUCCUUCUCACCCUUUCCCCCACCCAGCCAGCCCUCCUUCUCACCCUUUCCCCCACCAAGCCAGCCCUCCUUCUCACCCUUUCCCCCACCAAGUCAGCCCUCCUUCUCACCCUUUCCCCCACCAAGUCAGCCCUCCUUCUCACCCUUUCCCCCACCCAGCCAGCCCUCCUUCUCACCCUUUCCCCCACCCAGCCAGCCCUCCUUCUCACCCUUUCCCCCACCAAGUCAGCCCUCCUUCUCACCCUUUCCCCCACCAAGUCAGCCCUCCUUCUCACCCUUUCCCCCACCCAGCCAGCCCUCCUUCUCACCCUUUCCCCCACCCAGCCAGCCCUCCUUCUCACCCUUUCCCCCACCCAGCCAGCCCUCCUUCUCACCCUUUCCCCCACCAAGUCAGCCCUCCUUCUCACCCUUUCCCCCACCAAGUCAGCCCUCCUUCUCACCCUUUCCCCCACCAAGUCAGCCCUCCUUCUCACCCUUUCCCCCACCCAGCCAGCCCUCCUUCUCACCCUUUCCCCCACCAAGCCAGCCCUCCUUCUCACCCUUUCCCCCACCAAGUCAGCCCUCCUUCUCACCCUUUCCCCCACCAAGUCAGCCCUCCUUCUCACCCUUUCCCCCACCCAGCCAGCCCUCCUUCUCACCCUUUCUCCCACCCAGCCAGCCCUCCUUCUCACCCUUUCCCCCACCAAGCCAGCCCUCCUUCUCACCCUUUCCCCCACCAAGUCAGCCCUCCUUCUCACCCUUUCCCCCACCAAGUCAGCCCUCCUUCUCACCCUUUCCCCCACCCAGCCAGCCCUCCUUCUCACCCUUUCCCCCACCCAGCCAGCCCUCCUUCUCACCCUUUCCCCCACCCAGCCAGCCCUCCUUCUCACCCUUUCCCCCACCAAGUCAGCCCUCCUUCUCACCCUUUCCCCCACCAAGUCAGCCCUCCUUCUCACCCUUUCCCCCACCCAGCCAGCCCUCCUUCUCACCCUUUCCCCCACCCAGCCAGCCCUCCUUCUCACCCUUUCCCCCACCCAGCCAGCCCUCCUUCUCACCCUUUCCCCCACCAAGUCAGCCCUCCUUCUCACCCUUUCCCCCACCAAGUCAGCCCUCCUUCUCACCCUUUUCCCCACCCAGCCAGCCCUCCUUCUCACCCUUUUCCCCACCAAGUCAGCCCUCCUUCUCACCCUUUCCCCCACCAAGUCAGCCCUCCUUCUCACCCUUUCCCCCACCAAGCCAGCCCUCCUUCUCACCCUUUCCCCCACCAAGUCAGCCCUCCUUCUCACCCUUUCCCCCACCCAGCCAGCCCUCCUUCUCACCCUUUCCCCCACCCAGCCAGCCCUCCUUCUCACCCUUUCCCCCACCAAGUCAGCCCUCCUUCUCACCCUUUCCCCCACCAAGUCAGCCCUCCUUCUCACCCUUUCCCCCACCCAGCCAGCCCUCCUUCUCACCCUUUCCCCCACCCAGCCAGCCCUCCUUCUCACCCUUUCCCCCACCAAGUCAGCCCUCCUUCUCACCCUUUCCCCCACCCAGCCAGCCCUCCUUCUCACCCUUUCCCCCACCCAGCCAGCCCUCCUUCUCACCCUUUCCCCCACCAAGCCAGCCCUCCUUCUCACCCUUUCCCCCACCAAGUCAGCCCUCCUUCUCACCCUUUCCCCCACCAAGUCAGCCCUCCUUCUCACCCUUUCCCCCACCCAGCCAGCCCUCCUUCUCACCCUUUCUCCCACCCAGCCAGCCCUCCUUCUCACCCUUUCCCCCACCAAGCCAGCCCUCCUUCUCACCCUUUCCCCCACCCAGCCAGCCCUCCUUCUCACCCUUUCCCCCACCAAGUCAGCCCUCCUUCUCACCCUUUCCCCCACCAAGUCAGCCCUCCUUCUCACCCUUUCCCCCACCCAACCAGCCCUCCUUCUCACCCUUUCCCCCACCCAGCCAGCCCUCCUUCUCACCCUUUCCCCCACCCAGCCAGCCCUCCUUCUCACCCUUUCCCCCACCAAGUCAGCCCUCCUUCUCACCCUUUCCCCCACCAAGUCAGCCCUCCUUCUCACCCUUUCCCCCACCCAGCCAGCCCUCCUUCUCACCCUUUCCCCCACCCAGCCAGCCCUCCUUCUCACCCUUUCCCCCACCCAGCCAGCCCUCCUUCUCACCCUUUCCCCCCUCGAUCUCAGCCCGUUCCCCACAUUUCCCACCUUCCCAACUCACCCUCGCUUCCGGUGGCAGAGAGCGCGGUUGGUCCAGAAGGUGGCGAUGGAUGGACACAGGCGAAUGGCCUGAGCCGCCGCCUCUUCUGCCGCCCUCGCCUCGUCUGGAACCUUCCGCGCGACCCCAACUAA